AUGGCUGCCCUCGGCCGGCCCUUCUGCGGACUGCCCCUGAGCAGCGCCUCGGACUUCCUGCAGCCGCCGUCUGCCUUUCCCGGCCGGGCCUUCCCGCCGGGCGCGGAUGGCGCCGAGCUGGCCCCGCGGCCGGGCCCCCGCGCUGCCCCGAGCAGCCCCGGCAGAAGCGCGGCGCGCGGACGUGUUUUGCUUCACUGUAAAAAGAAACACAAGCGAGAGGAAGAGGAUGAUGACUGCCCAGUGAGAAAGAAAAGGCUGACUGAAGCCGGGCUCUCUCCUGGUCCUACCGACUGGAUUCUUUGUGCACAUCAGGAAGUAGAGGGUCAUGGAGUAAAUCCAUGCUCUGGUGGUAGCCUUUCUCCACCUGGCAUGUUAGAUGUGCUCUGUGAAGAAAUGGAUCAGACAACUGUAGAACCACAGUGUGAAGUUGCCCGAAGGAGGCUUCAGGAGAUUGAGGACAGGAUAAUUGAUGAAGAUGAAGAAGUUGAAGCUGACAGAAAUAUUAGCCAUCUCCCCAGUCUUGUCCUUUCUGAUACGAUGAAAACAGGUUUGAAGAGGGAAUUUGAAGAAGUCUUUACGAAGAAAAUGAUUGAGUCCAUGAGCCGCCCUUCCAUGGAGCUGGUGCUCUGGAAACCUCUCCCUGAACUCCUUGCUGAUAAGCCAAAGCCAUCAACUGAUGCUAAGAACUACCCAGGAGAGAGCCAGACGAAGCAUGCAGCUGCUGGCCCUGCCUUCCCUCAGAGAACUGAUCUCUUCUUGGAAGCACGGCCAUCAGGGGGGCCACUUUACGAGAGUGUGCAGACAGCUGCUUGCACAGAAGAGGAGAUGGAACUCUAG